AUGGUGUUCGUGACGCUCAAGUACAUCAUCAUUGGAGACUCGGAGGUGGGCAAGUCGUCGCUGUUGCUGCAGUUCACAGAGCAGCAUUUCCAGCCAAUCCACGACUUGACCAUCGGCGUUGAGUUUGGCGCCAAGUUGCUCGAGGUGGACGGACGUAAAGUCAAACUGGAGAUCUGGGACACAGCAGGUCAGGAGACCUUUCUCUCUAUCACUCGGAGCUACUAUCGGGGAGCGGACGGCGCGCUACUCGUGUACGACGUGAGUCGGAGAGAGAGCUUCGAGCAUUUGGGCCGUUGGCUGCAAGAAUGCCACCAGAACUGCCACAACGACGAAGUGGAGAUCAUGGUGGUCGGUAUGAAGUGCGACGUAUCGGAGAAAGAACGCGAGGUCACUGAGGAGGAGGGACGCAACUGGGCAGAAGCCCACGGUCUUUAUUUCAUUGAGGCUUCGGCUAAGACAGCGCUCAACGUCGAGCAGGCAUUUUCACUCACGGCGACAACAAUUCUGCGCAACUUUGACUAUUCGAACCAUCAGAUGCGCAAGGUGUCGGGCGCUAGUCGGGUCUCUAUAGAGUCCAACGUGGACCGGACGCAGACAAAGUCUGAGUGCUGUGGUGGUGGGUAG